AAUGUGACUCAUCGAGAAAAUAAGGAAAAAGAAACCCGGAGAAAUAACCCAACCCAUCUUCGAACCCUACCAACAACUGCAGGACUGUUUCUUGUUGCACUGCGUUUUCACUACAUACCUCGAUUCACGGUUUAUUGUUGCUGCUUGUUGGUCAAAUUUGUCACCAAAAUUCCAAAUUAAGAGCUCCAUAAUCAUCUGCAAGUGUGAUUAAAGUGAAAAAUGGCUGCAAAAGGUGGAAGGAAGAAUCUGAAGAGGGCUGUUAAUGAUGAGACAUUAAGUCUUCAACCAGGACAAAGCAUUAUGCAAGUUGUUUCUCUUCGAGGCUCCAAUCUAAUUGAGAUAAUUGAUGCCAAAGGAGACAAAGCUUUGGCGAUUUUCCCAGCUAAAUUUCAGAAAAGCAUGUGGAUAAAACGAGGUAGUUUUGUGGUGGUUGAUGAUAGUGGGAGAGAAGAGGCUGUUGAGUCUGGAAGAAAAGUAGCUUGUGUUGUUCUUCAAGUCCUUUUUCAUGAACAAGUUAGAGUGUUACAAAAGUCUCCAGAAUGGCCAGAAAUAUUUAAAACAGCCAUAGUAGACACCUCUAAUGGAAAGUCUGAGAAAAGCACACAGGAAAAUGAGGAGUUGGAGUCUAGUGAAGAUGAUGGGAUGCCCCCAUUGGAAGCCAACACAAACAGAAGACCUGCAGAAUUGCGCUCAGAUACAGAGUCUGAUUCUGAGAUACAAGAUUCUUAAGCUGUGUAAUUAUCAUGAUUCUUGUUUUCUUCUUUAUUGAUUAUUACAGUUUUGAUCUCUUUUCUUAACUACCAAAAUAGAAUGAUUUUGAG